CAUACGUGUGUCUCUUUGCAGCUAUGGGGACCCUGUUGCUGCUUUGUGUUUUGGGGGCUUUUCUCACCUGUCCGUCUAGCGCAGGAUGGGCAGGGAGGGAGUUCGCGCUGUCAUUUAUGCAGAAUUAUGCUCCACGCUAUGAUACUCCUCGCUUUCAGCUAUACAUCACCGCUGUUCAGGCGAAUGCUAAAGUGACAGUGCAAGUGCCUCCCUUAAAUUUCAAGCAAGAAAAAGCUCUAAACGCUGGCGAGGGGGUCACCAUCACUCUCCCCAAUAGUGUUGAGAUGUACGACAGCAAGAAGUCUCCCAAUACGGUGCGCAUCGAAGCCUCGGCAGACAUAACUGUAACCUCCUUCAGCUACAAGCUGUACACGGCAGACACCGCUGUGGUGCAUCCGAUCACUGAAUGGGGCACAGAGUACUUCAUCUUUACACCUGCUGGAAGCCCAUCCGGUUCCUAUAAAGAGUUCUCUGUGACGAAUGGAAAAGAGAGCAACACAGUAGAGAUUAUCCCAAAAGGGCCGAUCAGCUUCCAGCGCCGCGUCUACAACGGUGGCAGCAAAAUGAAAAUCAAUCUGCAGCCGUAUGAGAGCGUCCAGCUCCAGAGCAGGUAUGAACUCACUGGGUCCAGAGUUUCCUCCCAGCACCCUGUCGCUGUGUUCACGGGUCACACAUGCACCUGGAAAUUCUCAAAAUGCAACCACGUGUACGAGCAGCUCAUACCAGUCAGCCGCUGGGGAUCCAGCUUCAUCGUGGCCCCCCUGAGCUUCCAGAAGAAGUACGAUAGUGUCUACCUCCAGGCCUCCCAGCCCACCAAAGUCACUGUUCAAUACAGCAACCGUAAAGAGGAUUUCACUUUGAACCAGGGGCAGACAAAGGAGCUGGAAUCUCGCAGCUCUCAAACGCUGUUCAUUCAGGCUGAUCACGGCAUCCAGGUGCUCAUGCUCUUCAACGGCGUUAGACCAAACUGGAUCAAAUACUACGACCCGUUCUUGAUGACCAUUCUGUCCACAAACCACUUGUGCUCUUCCUACUCACUCGAAGCUCUGGAAGAUUUUGAAAACCAAGCCCUGAUCGUAGCACAAACCAGCGCGACCGCAACGCUGAGGUUAGAUGGUGCAAACUUACCUCGUACCAUGAAUUGGAAAAAGGUUGCAGGGACAGAUUUCUCUUACGCAGAAAUGUCCUACAUACUAAAACCUGGCAACAACAGGCACACUGUGUCCAGCUCUGGUUCCCCUUUUGCUCUCUACAGUAUAGGAGUCAGUCAGAUGAAUGGUUAUGGUGCCCCAGCACAGUGUAUACAGCCAGGCUCUUUGUCCUGUAGUAGUAUCACCUGCAGCCCCGAUGAGGUGUGUGAGAUGAAGGGUGACUAUGCCAGCUGCGUCCCCAAGCCAGAACACAAGCCCGGUACCUGCUGGGCCAUGGGAGACCCUCACUACCGUUCUUUUGAUGGGCGACGCUUUGACUUUAUGGGCACCUGCACGUAUGUCAUUGCUAAAAACUGUGGAAAAGAUGAUGAUCUCCCAGCCUUUGAGGUCCUCGCCCAGAAUGAGAACAGAGGAAGCCUCAGAGUUUCGUAUGUCGGCCUGGUCACAGUGAAGGUGUAUGGCUUCACCAUCACAGUGGCUCGGUCCGAAACGGGUCGCGUGAGGGUUGACAACAGUGUGUCGUGUUUACCGAUAGUCUUGAAAAACGACAAGAUUCACAUGUUUCAAAGCGGCCGCUCCGUGAUCAUUGAGACCGAUUUUGGUCUGGAAGUCAGUUAUGACUGGGAACACUACCUCACGGUGACUCUGUGCGGAAAAUACGUCGGCAAGACUUGUGGCCUGUGUGGGAACUUCAAUGGCAACCCCAGCGAUGACUUCACCACACCCUCUGGCACUCAGGCAGGCGGGCCAGUGGCCUUUGCAAGAAGCUGGAAGGUGCCGGGGUUGGUGAAAGACGAUGCUUGCAGAGAUGACUGUGUGGCUGGGUGUGAUCGCUGUGAAAACAGCCUGAUGAAAAAGUGGGAGGGAGACAUAUUUUGUGGGCUCAUCACACGUAUAGAAAAUGGGCCAUUUAGCAAAUGUCAUGCUGUCGUUGACCCACAAGCAUACCUGGAGAACUGUAAAUAUGAUGUAUGCAUGGGAGGCGGUCUUCGACGUCUCCUUUGCAGUGCACUAGAGGUUUACUCUCUAGCCUGCCAGGCUGCUGGCAUCCAGGUUCAAGACUGGAGGAAAAUAGCACGAUGCCCUGACAGAUGUCCCGCCAACAGCCACUAUGAGCUCUGCGGCAAUGCCUGUCCCGCCACUUGUUCUGAGCCCAACGCUCCCUCAAAAUGCAAACGCAAGUGUGUGGAGACCUGCACUUGCGACACCGGCUUUGUUUUGAGCGGAGAUAAGUGCGUGCCUGCCGAUCAGUGCGGUUGUACCUACGAGGGUCGGUACAUUCCUGCCGGGGAGGAAUUCUGGGCCGACCAAAACUGUCGGCGACGGUGUAAAUGUGUCGCCGGAAGCAGACGCGUUGAGUGCAAGGAUAAAGGCUGCGGGAUGGGGACGAAGUGCCAGGUGGUUGAUGGCAUCAGAGGGUGCCAAGCAGUGUCCCACAGCACCUGCCAGGCAACAGGUGAUCCCCAUUACAAGACCUUUGACAAGAAAAAGUUUGACUUUCAGGGCACUUGUGUGUACCAGCUUGUCGCACUCUGCUCCAAGGACCCAGAGUUAGUGCCCUUUGAAGUGCUGGUGCAGAAUGACCACCGUGGCAGCAAGGCGGUCUCUUACACCAAGUUAGUAGAGAUCAAGGUGUUCUCCCUCAGCCUUGUCAUUACUAAGACACACAAAGGCCUGAUUAUGGUAAACAAUGAGCUGGUUAACCUGCCCUUCACACUAGCUGAAGGAAAGGUAUCUGCGCAAAAGAGCGGCCGCUACGCUGUUGUCACCACAGAUUUUGGCCUCAGAGUCGCCUUUAACUGGGUAAGCGCUGUGUUUGUGACACUGCCAAGCAACUACAUGGGAGCUGUCUGCGGCCUCUGUGGCAACUACAACGGCAAAGCCCAGGACGACCUGACUCCAAAGAAUGGCGACAAAUCCGUCUCACCGGCUAAAUUCGGUGCCAGCUGGCGAGUGGCCGAGAUCCCUGGCUGUGUAGACGGCUGCAAAGGGGCGUGUCCUAGUUGCGACAUUACCCAGAAGGUUAAAUACGAAAAGGAAGAUUUCUGCGGUCUAAUGAGAGACCCCAAAGGACCUUUCCGUGACUGCCACGCCAAGGUGAAUCCAGACGACUUCUUUGAAGACUGCGUUUACGAUGUGUGCUUGUUUAAGGGCAGGAAGGACGUGCUGUGUGACGCUCUUGGAUCGUACACGGCUGUCUGCCAGGAUGCAGGAGCCAAGGUGUACAACUGGAGAACCAAUCAGUUCUGUGCCAUGAAAUGUUCCGCCCACAGCCACUAUGAAGUCUGUGGGACUUCCUGUCCAGCAUCUUGCCGGAGUCUGGCUCCUCCUAAAGGCUGCCAGAAUCGCUGUGAGGAGGGCUGCUCCUGUGAUGAAGGACACAUCCUCAGUGGAGAUAAAUGUGUUCCCCUCUCACAGUGCGGCUGCCUCCACAACGACCGAUACUACCUCGCCGGCCAAGUCUUUUAUCCCAAUGGGAAGUGUGAGGAGGAGUGCAAGUGCACACAAGAUGGAGAGGUUGAGUGCAAAAAGUUCACAUGUGGACCCAAUGAGAAGUGCAAAAUAGAAUAUGGCGUCCAAAAAUGUCACCCCAUUGGUAAGGGUGUCUGCCAGGCCUCCGGCGACCCACAUUAUCGCUCCUUUGAUGGGCGAAGGUUUGAUUUCCAGGGCACCUGUACCUACACACUCUCUGAAAGCUGUGGGCUGGAAGGAACCCACCUGGAGGCCUUUUCAGUCCAGGUGGAGAACGUGAAGUGGGACCGAAUGACGGGCAACAAGGUGGUGUCCGUCACCAAGCUGGUUGCUGUAAAGGUCUUUGACUACACGCUCGUCAUGAAGAGAGACGUGUUUGGAGUUCUGAUAAAUGACGUGUUUAACUUCCUUCCUGUGAAUCUCAAUGAUGGAGAGGUGCUAGUCUACAAAGAAGGAACCAAUUAUGUUAUUAAGACAAACUUCGGACUGCGUGUCACCUAUGACCUGGUCUACCACGUGACGGUUAAAGUACCUGGAAAUUAUCGCGACAAGGUCUGCGGCCUGUGCGGCAACUUCAACGGUGACCAAAAAGAUGACUUCCAGCUGCCCAACCGUCAGCUUACCAACAACGUGAAUGCGUUUGGAAAAUCCUGGAAGGUCACCAUCCCCAAUGUGGUGUGUGAAGAUGGCUGCGAAGGGAGCAACUGUCCUAACUGUGACCCAGCUCGCAUGGCAGUGUUUUCAAAAUCCACUUACUGCGGCAUCAUCACGGCACCCAAAGGUCCUUUUGCAGUCUGCCACAGUAAACUGGACCCAAAGCCAUUCUUUGAGGACUGCGUGUUUGAUGUGUGUGCUUCCAAUGGUGAUGGAAAACUGCUGUGUGACAGCGCGGCAAUGUAUGCAUUGAGCUGUCACAGUGCUGGAGUGGAUAUCAAAAACUGGAGGACGGCCUCCUUCUGUCCCAUGAAAUGCCCCGCCAACAGUCACUAUGAGGCGUGUGCCGAGGCCUGCUCUGCCUCCUGCCCCGGCCUCACAGAGAUCGUCGAGUGCCCCACCUGCUGCACAGAAGGCUGCGCAUGUGAUGCCGGUUUCUUAUUUAACGGAGAGACUUGUGUCAAAGAGACCGAGUGUGGCUGCUACGAGAACGGAAGAAGUUACAAGGCCGGCGAAGUCGUGUACAACGAGGACUGUCACACAAAGUGCACCUGUGAUCCAGAGAAAGGCCUCGUCUGCGAAGAGCACUCCUGCCCUCAGAGCACCAAAUGCAUGGUGAAGAAAGGAAUCAGGGCGUGCUACAACACAGACCCCUGCAAAGACGCCAACUGUCGGGUCAAGGAGACGUGUCGCGUUGAGAAGGGGGAGGCCGUGUGCGUCCCCACGUACACGGGCGUCUGCUGGGCCUGGGGUGAUCCGCACUACCACACGUUUGAUGGCUACAACUUUAACUUCCAGGGCACCUGCAAGUACGUCAUCUCCAAGACCUGUGGCGACACGGACGGUCUGGUUCCCUUCUCGAUUGCUGAGAGGAAUGACAACCGAGGAAACACAGCGGUUUCCUACGUCAGAGAGGUGGAUGUGUCCGUGUAUGGGUUCACCAUCACCAUCCAGAGGAACCAAGUUGGCAAAGUGACGGUGAACGGAGAGCUGCUGAAUCUUCCUGUACAACUGGGUGAAGUGGCAGUGGUUCUUAGAGGAAACACUGCGGUGGUAGAGACAAACUUCGGCCUGGUCGUCUCCUACGACUACAACUGGUAUCUCGUCAUCAGGCUUCCCAGCAGCUACUACGGCUCAGUCUGCGGUCUGUGCGGCAACUUCAACGGCAACGGCCGCGAUGAACUCCAGAAUCCGGCUGGCAAAGCCGUCUCUUCGGUGAUAGACUGGGGCAAGAGCUGGAAAACCCCCGACCAGGACAAGGACCACCCUUGCUCGGACACCUGUGAGAAAAACUGCCCCACCUGUGACGGUAACACGCGUAAACUCUAUCAGACUGAAGCUUUCUGCGGGGCCCUCACAGCCAAAACCAACAGCGUGUUCCAGAAAUGCCACGGAAAAGUGGACCCCCAGGCUUUCAUGGACGAUUGUGUGUUCGAUAUGUGUCUCAAUAAGGGCGACAAAAAGAUGCUGUGCCAGGCGUUGGCCACCUACAGUGUGACGUGUCGUGAGGCGGGAGUAACAAUCACGGGCUGGAGGGAAAAGUUUGGCUGUUCAAUGAACUGCCAGCGUCACAGCCACUUUGAAGACUGUGCGAGCCCGUGCCAGCCAUCUUGCCCGUUCCCUGAGCAGAAACAGGCCUGCAAGGGUGCCUGCGUGGAGAGCUGCGUGUGCGAUAAGGGUUACGUCCUCAGCGCCGGCGUCUGCGUUCCCGCUAAAACGUGCGGUUGCUCCUAUCAGGGCCGCUACUACAAGCCGGGCGAGCACUUCUGGGCUGAUGAGGUCUGCGGUCGCCUCUGUGAGUGCGAUUCCACCCUGGGCAUGGUGACGUGCCGAGAGGCCUCUUGCUCUGCCAAAGAGAAAUGCACCAUGGUGGACGGAGUGCGCGCCUGCCGACCCAUCAGUCACGCCACGUGCACCGCCUCGGGCGACCCGCACUACCGCUCCUUCGACGGCCGCAAGUUCGACUUCCAAGGCACGUGUGUGUAUCAGCUGGUGGGACUGUGCUCGGAGCAGCCCGGGCUGGUGCCGUUCAAGGUGACCGUGCAGAACGACCACCGGGGAAGCAAAGCCGUGUCCUACACGAGGACCGUCAAGUUCUCCAUCUAUGACAUCACUCUCACCAUCAGCAGAGAAUACCCCUACAAGGUCUUGCUUAAUGGGCAGCUUGCCUCGCUUCCGCUGGAUUACAACAAUGAGCUGGCCGUGUUUCUCAGCGGCCGGACGGCUGUAGUGGAGACAGUCGCCGGGAUCACCGUGACCUUUGACUGGCGGAGCACAGUGAGCGUCAACCUGCCCAGCAACUACCAGGAUGCAGUCUGCGGUCUGUGUGGCAACUACAAUGGGAAAGCUCAGGACGACCUGACCAUGCGGGACGGCCAGGUGGCCCCCAACGGAGCCAAGCUGGGGGAGAGCUGGCAGGUGGGCUUUGUACGGGGCUGUUCAGCAGGCUGCCAGGGGGCAUGGUGCCAGGCUUGCUCAGAGUCCCAGAGGAAAGAGUACCAAGCCAUGAAGUACUGUGGCGUUAUUGCUGACAAAGCCGGGCCUUUCAAAGACUGUCAUAAGCAUGUGGACCCUACUCCCUACCUGGAGGACUGUGCUUAUGAUGUUUGCCAGUAUCGUGGGCACCAUGGAUCGGUGUGUGAGGCUGUAGAAGUGUAUGUCGCCGCAUGUCAGAGCCAAGGAGUCACCAUCAGCUCCUGGAGAAGCGACAACUUCUGUCCGAUGGCGUGUCCCGCUAACAGCCACUACGCCCUGUGCGCCACUGGUUGCCCGGCCACUUGUGCCAGCUUAACCUCCCUCACCACCUGCCACAGACACUGCGUAGAAUCCUGCGAGUGCGAUCAAGGCUACCUGCUCAGUGGAGACUCCUGCGUCCCCGUUAGAGACUGUGGAUGCUCCUAUGACGGUCAGUACUACAGGAAAGGAGACGUCUUCUACCCUGAAGACAAGUGCGUGGAGCAAUGUGUCUGUGGAGAGAACGGGGCUGUGACCUGCCAAAAGGCCAAGUGCCGUACAGGAGAAAUCUGUAAACUUGUGAACGGAGUGAAAGGCUGCCACCCGGAGGGGCAGGCAAAGUGUGUGGCUUCUGGUGACCCUCAUUACAUUUCUUUCGAUGGACGGAGGUUCGACUUCCAGGGCACCUGUGUUUACGUGUUGGCAAAGGAUUGCGAUGAUGACAAAGGCCAUCUGACGCCGUUCACUGUUACUCAGGGAAAUGAGAAGUAUGGAAACGGCAAAGUGGCUGUCACCAAGUCGGUCGGGGUAGAAGUCUAUGGUUACGUCAUUUACAUCCAGCAGGGGAUGCCGUGGAAAGUCCUUGUGGAUGAUGAACUCUUAAACCUCCCGCUCUCCCUGGAAAACAGGCGUCUCAGAGUCACCCAGGAAGGCCGCAACAUAAUUGUCCGAACAGACUUUGGCCUGACGGUCCUCUACGACACCGUCUACUACGUCCAGGUGAUCGUUCCUUCUACAUACCAGGGCAAGAUGUGCGGCCUUUGCGGCAAUUACAACAAAAAAGGUAGCGAUGAUUUCAGACUUCCUGACGGCAAGCAAACGAAAAGCGUCGACGACUUUGGGAAGGCGUGGGUGGUGGACCUGCCUGGGUUUGUGUGCGGCGGCUGCGGAGGGCAGUGCCCAGUGUGUGACAAGGCCAAGGCUGCUUUGUACGGAAAAGCCGACUCCUGCGGCAUCAUGAGUGCACCUAAUGGGCCUUUCAAAGCCUGCCACAGCAAAAUCGACCCAGCAGCAUACGUGUCUCAUUGUGUGUUUGAUGUCUGUGCUGCGGGUGGCAGCAAAGAUUCUCUGUGCAACAGCGUGCAGGCCUACGCUGUGGCCUGCCAGAGCGAAGGAGCUGAAAUCCAGCAAUGGAGGAGCCGCUCCUUCUGCCCUACUUCCUGCCCACCACACAGCCACUACGAGGUGUGUGCGGACACCUGCGGCGGGACGUGUGUCAGCUUUAUCUCUCCGUUCACUUGCACUGAAAGCUGUUUUGAAGGGUGCCAGUGUGACGCCGGCUUUAUUUUUGAUGGCACCAAGUGCGUUGCCCUGGACAACUGUGGGUGUGUGCACAAGGGCAGAUAUCUGACGGUGGGCCAAGCAGCGGUGUGCAAAGAAUGUAAGACUAAGUGUGUGUGCCAGGCCCCUGGGCUGGUAAAAUGUGAGAAGCUGUCCUGCACCAGCGGGGAGGUUUGCAGCGUAAGAGACGGGGUCAGGGGUUGCCAUGUCAAACGGGGCCAUUGCACCGUCAGCCCAGUUGGACAUCUGAGAUCCUUUGAUGGAGUCUCUGGAGCCAUAGGAGCUCAGGGGGCAUUUGAAGUGGCCAAGCUGUGCGAUGAGACCUCUGAGCUGUGGUUCCGUGUGGUUGUGGACGUCAGGAUCUGCAGCAAAGGAGGCGCUCCCAUUGUUGACACUGUGUAUGUGUACCUCAAGGAAGCUGUCGUGGCAGUAAACAGCCAAAAGGAAACCUGGGUAAAUGGCAGAAAAGUGUCUCUUCCCAGCAAAGUGACGAGCAAACUAUUCGUCCAGAUCUCGGAGAGGACCAUGAUCAUCGAGUGGACGUCUGCUGUGCGGGUCACCUACUCCAUCUCACAGGAGGUCAGCGUCAUUAUUGACAGCAGCCUGUCUGGCAAAAUGUGCGGCGCCUGCGGCAACUACAAUAACAACUCCAAAGAUGAUAUGAGGACCGCGGAUGGGAAAACCACCACCGAUGUGUCCGUAGUCGUUGCCUCCUGGAGCGCCGGAGACUUUUCUAGAUGCGGCCUGUAGAGAUGUCGGCUCUGCGCUGAUAGGAGCAUCUGGUGCACAGAACAGGAUGUUUACAGUCCCGCUCAUUAUACUCCCUCUUUUAAAAAAAAUGGUUUUUGGUGGUUUCCUGGCGAUCUGGUGCUCUAUUGUUCACUUUGGAGAUGCAGAAACAUGUAGCUCAUUCUUGACCAACAUCUCCAUCUAGUGGAGGAGGGAAUUAUGUCGUCUCCGGCUAAGAAUGAAAAGUCUGGAGCCUCAUAUCUGUCUUACUAUACUUUUUAAAUGUGUGUAUUUUACUAUAUAUGCUCUUUUUGCUGUUCUGACUACUGAAUAAACAUGUUUUCACAACAAA